UAUAGACAGAGCAGCCAAUCAGAGCCCAGAGCAGCUGGUCUCUAUGGUAACGACGGAUCGUUUGGAGCAGAGCAGCGUCGGACUGAAGCUGAGAACAAACUGGUUCAACUGGGAGAACUGGAGCAGAAACUGUCAUGGCAGGAACGUCCAGACACGACCGAGCGAUGGCCCAGAAGGCCAAGCAGCAGCUGUCGGGAUGUUCUGACCCGGUGGAGCGGCUCCGGCUGCAGUGUCUGACCCGAGGCUCGUCUGGGAUCAAAGGCCUGGGCAGGACCUUCAGGAUCAUGGACGACAACGAGAACCGCUCCCUGGACUUCAAGGAGUUCCUGAAGGGCCUGAACGACUACGGGCUGCUGAUCGAGAAGGACGAGGCCUCCGCCUUGUUCCGCCACUUCGACCGCGACGGCAGCGGCUCCAUCGACUUUGACGAGUUCCUCAUCACCCUGAGGCCUCCCAUGUCCAAGUCUAGGAUGGAGGAGGUGAUGGAGGCGUUCAGGAAGCUGGAUAGGACCGGAGACGGCGUGAUCACCGUGGACGACCUGAGGGGCGUCUACAACGCCAAGUACCACCCAAAGUACCAGAACGGGGAGUGGACCGAGGAGCAGGUGUUCCGGACCUUCCUGGACAGCUUCGACUCUCCAUACGACAAAGACGGGAAGGUGACCAAAGAAGAGUUCCUGAACUACUACAGCGGCGUCAGCGCCUCCAUCGACAGCGACGCCUACUUCAUCCUGAUGAUGAGGAACGCCUGGAAGCUCUGAGGCCGCAUGAGCUAUGACUCAUUUAUAAUGAUGAUAAUAAUGUUUUACAGUGAUCAUUAUUUAUGAUGAUGUUUUACAGUGAUCACUUUAUGAUGAUAAUAUUAAUGUUUUACAGUGAUCACUAUUUAU